UUCAGAUUGCGUUAUCAGCAUUGGCAGAUGACUUUCUCUCCUUGUCUUGCCCCCCAAAUAGAUUUUUUCAUUCUUCUUUUUUCUGAUUUUUUUUUCUUUUUCUUUUUUUUUUUUUUUAAUCUUUUAGAAUAAUGGCAUUUGCUCAACAACAAAGAAGACCACGACAUCGUUCACAACCCUCUUUAGAUGAUCAAGUCAUAUCACCAUCUUUACCAUCACCUAAUGUCAUAUCACCCGAGCAUAAUCAUAUUACACCUUCCACUACUUCAGACUCGGAAACAGAUUGGCACGUUAUCAGUUCAGUACUUCGGUCUUCUUCUUCCAGUAUCUCACCUACUUCUACCACUUCCACUCCACAUAGUAUAGAACGACAUGAUUCCAUAGAACCUUCAGAACCUGAAUCUUUCUCUUCCUUUCGACCUUCUGAUACUGAAUCUUUUUCGGAUAUUGACUUUGCUUUUGGUACUUUACCUGCCCAUGAUGGUACUGGUGCUUUUGUAGAUAUGGACCAAACUUCAGAUGAAGAAUCAACACGACAAGUACAACAACUUCCUUUACCUGACUCUUUGACACCAAGUAAUGUUCUUUCUCUAGUACAACGUACAAGUCCUGGUGACUUUGAUCCUUCUUCUCCAACAAAGGAUAUUAUGGUAUCAUCGGAUGAACAACUUCCUCUACAACAAAAAGAUGGUCAUGUUGAUUAUAAUAGUGCUACCACUCAUUCAUCUGCUGAUCAUAUCAAAUUCACUCGAAAACGUCGAAGAAAUUUGGACAGUAUUCCUACUCAUCAUCCUUCAUUUACUGGUACUUUCACAUCUAUUGCUAUUUUAUCAGCCAUAUGGAAUAAUUUACGUCGUCUUACAAAUCACCUGAUAGAAAAUGAUACUCAUACAGCUGAUGCCUUCACUUCUCUUGUAUCAGAAGCUACUUUGGAGGGUUGUCUUCCUUUUGGAUCUCAUUUACAUAUGGAAUUGGCAGCUGGAUUACGACCUGGAUAUACUAGUGGUCGUUAUGAUGGUCUACCUGGCAUGUAAAUUUCGAACAAAAGAUUAUAUACAAUGCCUUAAUCAAUUGUCAAUAAAAUCCUUUUCUUUAUCAUAUUUACAA